UACAUUUGUUGUUUAUGUCGCCGGAAAGCGCAGUGUUUAUUUUUUUAACUGGAGGAAGUGCGAGCCGCGAGGACUAACCAACAUCCACACGAUGACCGCCGUAGGGUUUGUCCUAGUGGCCUUACUCGUAUCUCAGAGUGCAGUUCUGGCCCGGGUGGAACCAGCUCGUAUCGGGCCGUCUGCUACCCAGGGCAGCUGCAAGGACUGCGUUCAGAUCCUGCAGCUUUUCACAGAGACGGUCUCCAACCCAGACACUCAGGAGCUGUUGAGGAACACCUUGGAUGACCUUUGCGCAGGUGUGCCCGGAGGAGAAGCCAGGGAAGCCUGCCUGAGUAAAACAAAGCAGUACCUGCCUAUAGCCAGCCACUUCCUGGGGAAAUUCAUGAAGCCAAGUGAAACGUGUGUGUUCUUCGGCCUGUGUGGCAGCCUAUCAGAGGGCAAGGAGGAGGAGCUGUUGACCAAUCACAUCGCUGAUGGUGACAUGGCUAGUGUGGCCCCUGUUAGAGGCACCCAUCCGGUGGUGCAGAUCUCCCCUCAGUGUACGUUUUGCAUUUUUAUCAUCAAGAAACUGGAGGAAAUGUUGCCGCAGGAGAGGACAGAGGAGAUCAUCGUGAAGGUGCUGGACAAAGUGUGCAGCAUCCUGCCCGGCCCUUACAAGGACCAGUGUGAGCACUUCAUCGACAAGUACGGCAAACAGCUCAUCGAGUUCCUGCUGUCCUCGGCUGCCCCCCACACCAUCUGUGUGCUGCUGCACCUCUGCCUGUUCCGGGAGCCGCCUAUCCCAGAGACGCCCCCUCCCAUGGCAUGCGACUCCUGUCUGGCCCUGAGUGCCCUCUCCCGGCUGCACCUGGGCUCCAACCUCACGGACAGCCGCACCGCCUCUUUCCUGGAGUCCGUCUGCCAGCAGUACCCCCUCGCCGUCCCGAAGUGCGAGGUCUUCACCCAGCGCUUCGGGCCCAGGCUGCAGAGGAUUCUGGGAAAGCAGGGGGAUGCCCUGGACAUGUGUCAGAAAGAGGAGCUGUGCGUCCCGGCGAAGGAGGAGGAGGCGGGGCUGCUGGGGGCCGACCGCUGCACCUGGGGCAGGGACUACGUGUGCGCCGACAUGAGGACGGCUCAGGAGUGUGACAGUGUGCCGUUCUGUCAGAAAUACAUGUGGAACUAGGAACGCCGGAGCCAGGCAAGCGGUCCUGCUCGCCGGCAGACGAGCCCCCCGGAUCCGCGCUGUACUUUUGAAGACGCCAGAUCCAGGUGCAGCAUGGAUAAGAAUGAUUUUGCUUCAGCAACCGUAACCGAUUUACCAAAGCUCAACUCCCUGAACCAAUGACUGAAUAAUGAGUGAUGCCGGCCAAUGAAAAUACCAAAAUAUUUAUGAGUUACUUUGUUAAGGAUGAUUGUCCUUUUAAUGCAUGAUCAUGUCGACCAAGUACAACUACCUUAAAUUUGAUAGCAAUGUGUCACAGCACGUCCAAAAGACACGGUCCAAAACGAAUUCAACUACUAUAUUGUGAAAUUAUAUUGAGAUUGAAAUGAAAGACUUGAACUGAUAACAUUUCUAGUUCUCGUGAAUAUCCUUUUAAUGAAUAAUAGUGCUCAACUCAUUAUUGAAUCAGCAGACGCACCUCUGAGGAGGCGGGGGACACACCCAGGGCGUGCUUGGCUGCGCGGAGCCGUACUGAGAAUACACACCGCACUGAUAAUUCUCACCGCGUAUUAUUCAGGUGUGCCCUUCCAGACCCUUCCAAUGCCGUGCGUAUUUCCCAGUGACUAAAAGUCGUCGCCAUGUUUGGUUUUCUUUGGUUUUCACAAGCAAUGCUAAUUAUGCUCUGCCGAUUUGCACAGCGGCCUUACGUAGCCCAGCUGCCUUAUUUUAAACUGCCUAUUUCUGAAAUGCGCACAAUAAUCAAUAUUAUUGCUACAUUACCAGUAUGGCUAGUACUGUAAAAAUAAAUUACCAACGGUCCAGUUUUCCCUGAAUAGCUGUAAAUUCUAAAACCAUGUACUGCAUAAUUAUUCCUGAAAACAGCAGGACUGAGAAAAUUCAGGACCAAUAGAGUGAGAGUUAUUCUCAACUGUGCAGAGCUGGAUAGGACAAACUGAAAAUAAAAUCUCAACUCGGUUGUUUGGAGUGAAAUGUACGAUUUAUUCCUCACUGCAGCGUUGAAAGACCCAAGAAACAUGUAUGGGCAUGCUUUGGGCUUUCACAUAGCAUUCAAAUGUGUGCAUUCAAACGUUUAUUCCCCUUUGGGAAAGACUUGAGUCGUCUAUCCUGCUGAUUUUAAAUUAUUCUGACGACAAUAUUUGUAAUUACUGUGAACAAUGUGCUUUUGUUUUUUUAACAUUUAAACUGUAUAAGUAAAAACCCUCUUCAUGAAUGUGUUGGGUGUGACCAGACGUACUGCAAUAAACAAUAAUAAGUAAUAAUAAUAAUGCGAUAAUGGAGGCCUGGUGUUCCUCGCAGGUGUCAUGAAGUUCCGUGAUUUAUAGCCGCCCCGUUUUGUGACUUUGUGACUUGUCCCCAUUUUUUGCGCGUUUCCUCAGUUGUUUUGCGAUUUAUGUGUUUUUUUCGGCACUCGGAGCGAUAUCUCAACCUUAACGUGUUGCCUGCAGUGUGAUGUGCAUUGGCAUGCGCGUGCUGGCAUUCUUUAGGCCCAGUGCUGGGAAAGCAGAGAGGAAGAAUGGGGUCAGGCUCGUGCCAGACUCAAGACUUCCGUCAUUGUGGGUCGCUGCGGUGAUGUACGAAGGACCGUCAACUAUGUCGGCAAGUGAGCGACAAGAAGCAAUCCAUCAAAAACUAAAAAGAGCCGUGUGCAACAUCGCGCUUACCCACAGCAAGAUUUAUAGUGAAAACAGACAUACGGUAUCUAUUUUUAAUUAAUGCACUCCAAGCACGCUCUGUUCCGCCAGUUUAACGCCAACAUCACGCCCUUCCUUUCCGCGACGGACCCACUGGGCUGGUCACUGUAUUUCACGGUUCCUAUAGCAGCUGGUUACUGUUCCUACACCUAGGUGCAUGUUUUUGCAAUUGUUUACAACUGCGGGGCACGAGAUACGCUAUAUUAAUUUAAUUGUAAAAAUGUUACUAUUCACUAUUUUCCAUGAGAAAUACCCAGCCUCAAAUAUAAUCAGAAGCAGAAACAUAAUAAUUACUUGCAGUAGACAAUGCAGUUGUUUACAAGGAAGUAGGUUUUACUGGAUGGCCUUUUGAUCAAACAGUAUCUCUGUAUGGUUUUUCUGUAAUCGAGCCAACAUCACGGAAACUAUCUUUUUGUAAAAAUGGUUAUCUGAAAAUGAAAUCAAAGUCUUUCAUUUGUGCCGAAUAUGAAAUGUAUGUAUUGAUGACACCCAAAUAAGAGACUGUUUUUCUGCAUUUUAUGCUACUUUACAGUUGUGCUGUUUAUGCUGAUGAUGCCUUGUGAGCAAUUUGAGUUCAUACUAACCCAAUUUUAUUUUGAGAUGAAAUUCGAAUUGAAUUUUGAAUAGAUUUGAAUUUCUUUAUUGAAUCAUUUUUGGCUUUUUAUUUUUGAUUAAAAGUUUUAAAAGUUAAAA